AUGCGAUAUCGCGGGGACAUAUGUAGCACUCAUACGCAAGUGUGCCUCGCUGAUCCUGACCCCGCGAGAGAAGGACCGCGUGCACAGUGACGAGAGCCUCCCUUCGAAGUCCUUGCAACCCUUCGUCUCCCGGAAGAAGGGGAAUUUCCUCGUGAUCGGUGUUCCCGAAUCCCGUUGUGUUCACCUGUCGAUCAACGACAGCGUCCAGCAUUGGACGCUGGUAUAGGGAAAUAUAGUGCGAAGAGUCAAGUGGACGGAAUCUCGGAUAGUCCAAAUCCUUGAUGGGUAGCUCGGUUUGAUGCAGCGCCGCUGAAUCACGCAGGGAUCGGUGGUUUCGGUGACGACGUAGCUAAGAGCAGGAGUGGUGAAGUGCACAGUGUCGGCCUUUUUCUGAUCCCGGUGGAGCGUGAGUGGAAGAGAUGGCAUCGGCGGCAGCAGAAUUAGUAGCGGAGAGAGAGCCGGAGCUGAGGAUCGAAAUGACAGAUUCAAAUAGGACAUUCGGAGGUGCCCAGGGUCUAGUCAGAAUGGCUCUGGAUCAAUACACAGAAAUUCUUACGACAGUUUCCGAUCCACGUGUUAGCGACUGGCCACUAAUGGAUUCGCCUGUACCGACAAUCCUUAUCGUACUCCUUUAUUUGUACGGUGUUGUCAUAUUCGGCCCACGUAUGAUGGUCAACAAAAAGCCAUAUAAACUCAGAGGAGUCCUGGUAGCGUACAAUGCGUUUCAAGUCGUCUUCUCACUAGGAAUGAUGUACGAGCACUUAAUGUCCGGAUGGCUGUUGGAUUACAGCUAUAAAUGUCAACCGGUCGAUUACUCCCACAAUCCAUCCGCUUUGAGGAUGGCGAACCUCUGUUGGUGGUACUUCAUUAGCAAGUUCACGGAAUUCGCUGACACGAUAUUCUUCGUGUUGCGCAAGAAGGACAGUCAGGUGACAUUCCUACAUUUGUAUCACCAUUCUCUAACACCCCUUGAGACGUGGAUCUGCGUGAAAUUUAUUGCAGGUGGUCAUGGCACCCUGGGUAAUCUCAUAAAUAACGCGGUACACGUAGUCAUGUACGCAUAUUACAUGUUAGCGGCCAUGGGCCCGGAAUUUCAGAAGUACUUAUGGUGGAAGAAGCAUUUAACUACUGUGCAAUUGGUGCAGUUCUUCCUAGUGUUUGUGCAUAGCGCACAGGCUCUCAUCUUCGAUUGCGGUUAUCCCAAAUUGAUCGCGGCCCUCCUCCUACUUCAUGCGACGAUCUUCUUCGUGCUCUUCUCCGACUUCUAUAGGUCCGCUUACCGCAAAGGAAAGUCCGCAAAGGAAUUCAAGGCUGAAUAGAACACACGAGGGAACAUAUACGAAAGGGAAAAUCUUCGUUCCGACGAACGAAACACGCAAUACACACGUACACACAUGUCGCGUCGAAAUGUGGCUCCUUUCUAUACCGGUGAACUUUUACGCUCGUUAAUGUAUCGACAGAUGAGGAACUCAUUGACCAGUCAUAUACUUGAAAAUGACAAUUGAGUCAACCAAGUGCGAGAGCAAUUUAAAUAUUUAAAUAUACACGCGUU